AAUGGGAGUGGGUGUGCGUAUGUGUAUGUAUGUGUGUAUGUAUGCGUGUGAGGGGGGAAGAGGUGGAAAAAAGGGGUGGAUGAAUAGAAAAAAAAAGGUGGGAGGGGGAGCAAUGGAAGAGAAUAGAGAUGCAGAAAAAAAAAUCGUUACCUUCAACAAGCGAUGUGAACAACGUUACGUUUGCCGCCUUCCGUCUGCCAGCCGGCAGAUUGAGCCCGAUCUUUUCCAAUCGAUCCCUCAGCCUCCUGCCGCCGUCCUUCGAUUUCGCUCUGAAAUGUGA